AUGAUAAAAAAAACAUUUUCAGGUAUUUCGUUAAGAGAUAAACAAAAAUUCACCUUUAAAGAAUAAAAUGGUUUACUCUGUUAUACAUUUACUUAAAUAGUUUUAAUUGGCAAAGGUGAAGCAAAGAUUUAUGGACUUUCUAAUAAUAAAAAAAUUUAGAUUGCUUCUUUGAAUGAAAAAUAAAAUUAAUGCAAAUGCAAAUUUAUAAUGGAUGAAAAUAAUUUUACUCAUUUAUUAUGUAUUGGAGAUGAAUCUAUAACAAUUAAUGUGUUGGGAUACAGAUUAGAAAAUUAGGUUUAGGAAUUAUAAGAAAAUAAUUAUCAUGAAAAUUUGAUUAUUAAAGAAUAAUCAAAAGUAUUAAAAUAGAAAGAAGUAGAUUCAAAUGAGUUUGAAUUAUUUUCUAAGAAAGAAAAGAAAGAAUAUAAAAAAAUAUAAAAUCAAAAAUAAUUAUUACAAAAAUAUUGA